ACACAUCCCCGGUAACUACCAGCAGAUCCUUGCAUUGAGGUUUGCUGUCUCCCAAGUCAAUAAGGAUUUUCUUCUGCUCCCCAACAUCACCCUUGGCUUCCACAUCUAUGGCCAUUUCCAGAGUGAGAUAUUUAUUUCCUUAAACAGCCUCUCCAUGCUCUCCUCACGAGGCCAAGUGGUUCCAGGUUACAAAUGUGACCAGAAGGACACUCUGCUGUCCGUCAUUGGUGGACUCAAUGCCAAAUCCUCAAGGUUGAUGGCCUCCAUCUUCAGCAUCUUUAAGGUCCCACAGCUUGGUGUUGGCUUUGAGUUCAGUGUAGGAGACAGAAUUGAUUUUCCUUCCUUCUUCUGGAUAAAUCCCAAGGAAUCUUCUCAGGACCACUCUGGGGAUGUCUCAGAAUUCACCCCUUUCCUCCUGUCUUUAGACCCCUUAAACCCACAAGGAGAUGUUUUUCUUCCUCUGUGGUGGGAAACAGUCUUUGGCUGCAAGAUCCACAAACCAGGCAAGACCCCUCCAAUGGGGCGGAAACAAUGUACAGAAAAUGAGAAGGUGCAGAAUCUGCCAAAUUACACUUUUGAAAGGAGCAUGACAGGAGAAAGUUACAAUAUCUACAAUGCUGUUUAUGCUGUGGCACAUGCUUUACAUGCAAUGUAUGGAUCCAGAGCCCAACCAACCAUGAUGAGGUUUGGAAAGCGGAUCUCAAAUGUCCAGUCAUGGCAGAUUCUUGCCUAUUUGAGGAAUGUCCACUUCAACAACAGUGCUGGAGAUGACGUCUCCUUCUCAGUAGAUGGACUGGGAACCGCACGUUAUGAUCUUCUCAAUUGGGUUUUCCUCCCCAAUCAAUCUUUUGUUCCCGUGAAGGUUGGGCAAGUCAAUCCUGAGGCUCCCCCAGGCUGGGAUUUCACCAUUAAGUCUGAUGGAAUCGUCUGGGCCACAAAGACCAUCCCCUUUGCCAGGUGUGGAAAAAACAGGUGCCAGGCAGGAGAGAGGAGAAGAGUUCCAGAGGGCAAGCAGGUUUGCUGCUACCAGUGUGAUGCUUGUCCAGAAGGAACCUUUUCUAAUCAGACAGAUGCAGCUCACUGUGAACCCUGCCCAGAAGACCAAUAUCCCAACAAGGACAAGGACCAAUGCAUUGCCAAGAAGAUCCAUUUCCUUGACUAUCAAGACACCCUGGGAUACAUUUUAGUUUUUCUUGUUCUUUUCCUCUCUGGGAUCACUUCUGCAGUCCUCGUGAUUUUCUAUAAACAUCAUGAUACACCAAUUGUCAAGGCCAACAACCGAGAUCUCACCUACAUCCUCCUGGUCUCCCUCCUGCUCUGCUUCCUCUGCUCAUUCCUCUUCAUUGGUCAACCAGGGAAGCUCACCUGUCUCUUCCAACAAUCUGCCUUUGCCGUUCUCUUCUCCCUUGCAGUUUCCUCUGUGUUGGCAAAGACUGUCAUGGUGGUUCUGGCCUUCAUGGCCACCAAGCCAGGAAACAAGACAAGGAAACUCUUAGGAAAACCUCUGACCAACUCCAUUGUCAUAGCUUGUCCCCUGAUCCAAGCAGUCCUUUGUGCCACCUGGCUGGGAACCUCUCCCCCAUUUCUUAACUUGGACUUCCACUCCUUGAUUGGAGAGACCAUCUUGGAAUGUAAGCAAGGCUCAGCUGUAAUGUUUUAUGGUGUCCUCUCUUACCUAGGACUUUUGGCCUUUGUCAGUUUCACAGUGGCAUUUCUAGCUAGGAAAUUGCCUGAUAGUUUUAAUGAAGCCAAGUUCAUUACUUUUAGCAUGCUGGUCUUUUGCAGUGUUUGGAUCUCCUUCCUCCCCACCUACCUGAGCACCAAAGGGAAAUCCAUGGUGGCUGUGGAGAUCUUCUCGAUUUUGGCCUCUGGAGCUGCUCUCUUGGCUUGUAUCUUUUCCCCCAAAUGCUACAUUAUCCUACUGAGGCCGGAUCUGAAUUGUAGAGAAAAUAUAGUAAGAAAUAAGAAUUUGACAGAAGGUGAUAAGAAAGACUGGGCAAGGGUUAUGUUACAGUUGGUGUUGCUGCUCUUCUGGUUCCUGCCUCCAGCUACAAUGAAGAGACUGCAAACCAUGUGUGUGUUCAGGGAUUAUAUCCCAUUAAAUCAAAGCUACUAUAGGCCUGGUGAUCUCAUUAUUGGUGGAAAUUUGCCAUUGGGAGGCAGUUUGGAUCCUACUGUCCCUCACUUUAAUACAACAAAUCUUCCUUUAAAUAAUGG